AUGUACUGCUCGACAGUCUGCGAUAGCGUGUAGCACCGUUUAAGUGUAUUAUCUAUGGUAGACACAGAACGUCGUGCAUUUGAACGUGUUCUUGGAAUUUUAGCGCUCAACGAAUUAUCCUUGUUCAUAUCGACAACAUGAUAAAGGCGCGUAAAUAUGUUGUCAAAAAACACUUCGAAGGAGUUCCAAAAAAAUCCGAUUUUGACAUAGUGGAAUAUGAACUUCCUUCCCUGAAAGACGGCGAAAUUUUAAUCAAGACUGAAUGGGUCAGUGUGGAUCCUUACUUGCGCGCUUAUUAUAGGAAUAUGCCAGUGCCAUAUGAUCAAUUUAGUUAUCAAGUUGGAAUAGUAGAAGAGUCCAAGCAUCCAACUUAUCCAGUUGGUAUCAGAGUUGUAACACAUAAUGGCUGGUGUGAUUAUUCUGUAGUUAAUGUCGCGAAAAUGACAGCUCCUCAUACAGCAGGAUUUUCAUUAGAAGUCUUGUAUAAGUUGCCAGAAUUAAAAGGCCUUUCACCAUCACUAGGUAUAGGUGCAGUUGGAAUGCCUGGGAUCACAGCAUAUUAUGGAUUUUUGGAAAUUUGCCAGCCUAAAGCAGGUGAAACUGUGGUUGUUACUGGAGCAGCAGGUGCAGUAGGUUCUGUAGUAGGACAAAUUGCUAAAAUCAAAGGUUGUAAGGUAAUCGGUUUUGCCGGUUCUGACGAUAAAGUAAAAUGGUUGGAAGAGGAACUUGGUUUUGACAAAGCAUUUAAUUAUAAAACCGUCGAUGUACAAUCAGUUCUCAAAACUGCUGCACCUAAAGGAGUUGAUUGUUACUUUGAUAAUGUUGGUGGAGAAAUAAGCAGUUUAAUAAUCGCUCAAAUGAAUAAAUUCGGAAGAGUUUCCUUAUGUGGUAGCGUUAGCUCAUAUAAUGAGGAUCCUAAGAAAACAUCUACAGGGCUUACUUUAGAACCAUCGAUUAUUUUUAAAGAACUUAAAAUUGAAGGAUUUCUAGUAACUCGCUGGAUAAACCAUUGGCAAGAGGCAAUUGCUCAGUUAAUUACGUGGAUAAAGGAUGGACAAUUAAAACCUAAGGAGCACGUGACAGUUGGAUUUGACAAACUUUGCGAUGCAUUUGUUGGUAUGUUGGCUGGAGAAAAUAAAGGAAAAGCUGUUGUUAAAAUUUAAAAUACAGGUACCGUGUUGAUGUUGUAAGAAAAAUAUCAUCAUUAUGUAUUCGCCUUUUGUAGAAUAAAUUAAUCAAUUUGUCAAUGGAUUUUGUAUCAAAUAAUGGAAAUUUAACAGAA